AUGUAUAUAUAUAUAUAUAUAUAUAUAUAUAUAUAUACAUUCGUUUGUAUGCUGCUUGAUCUGAAACCAAAUAAUUUGUUGAUCAAUACACAUGGACGCAUCAAAAUUGCCGAUUUCGGGUUGGCACGAUUUUUUGGCUCGCCUAAUCGAAAUUACACGCAUCAGGUGGUAACAAGAUGGUAUCGCGCGCCUGAAUUGAUAUAUGGAGCGCGUUCCUACGGUGUUGGUGUUGACAUCUGGGCCGUUGGUUGCAUUAUUGCCGAACUAUUACUACGGGUUUAUUUCUUCAAAUAUUUCCAAAAAUUCAACAAUCACUUGUGAGA